UUCAUUCCAAUCCCAAAUCUCUCCGCAACGCAGCUUUCUCUGUUCUUUUUCUUCACCUCCAAUUCUUCAUUCCAGAUUUCGCGGUCCCACCUCGCCUCGCCUCACCUCGCCUAUCUGUUAAGGCACAACGAAAACGACUAUAUCACCACCCCAUAUUCCAGGACCGUACAGGCCUGUUCAGAGCUAGCCGGCCAGAUCAGCCAAGAUGGACUAGCCGUUCACCUAUCGCGAGCUCGGCGAGAUGAUGCGAGAGGCCGACACCAACGGGGGAGACAUCAUCAGCUUCACCGUGUUCGCCAGCAUCCUCGCUUCUAGGAUGAUAAACUUUUUCAACACUUUUUGCAAGUGAUUUUAUCUAUCAAUUUGGGGAGAAAUGGGUUUUGUUAUGAGUAUUUAAGGUGCUCUAUUGUUUAGAACAAAGAAUGUACGAAACUAAUUGGAAGGAUAUCUCCCUUUUGUUGGUUGGGUUCCUCUGUCCGUACCAUCCUAGUUGAGGUAUGCUUGUUGAGUUUUCCUUCAUUCAGUUUUUAGCCUUCAAAACGAUUUGAACUUUUGACUGAGAUACUAAUUUAUGUGAUAUUUGUUCUUACUUGAGAUCAGAGAACUUAGAAGGCUUUCGACAUCGAAGAAAAUGUUAGAGAAGGAGCUCGAAAACGCUAAUAAACACAAGGAUAAGACUGAGAGCGUAACUAGAGCGAUCGGCUACAUUGCUUCUUGGUUGGUCAAAUUCUUGCUUCAGAAAGGGUACAUUGUCAAGGCCUCUGUUCGUGAUCCCGGUGAGUUCCCUUGA